CGUUCGCCGGCUUCUCUGCAGCUUCCGCUUCGAAUAAUGUCUGCGAGCUACGACAACCGACCUAGAGACAAUGGCCCUGAAGGCAUGGAGCCUGAUGGCAUUAUUGAGAGUAACUGGAAUGAAGUGGUGGAUAGUUUUGACGAUAUGAACCUGUCUGAAUCUCUCCUGAGAGGAAUUUAUGCUUAUGGUUUUGAGAAACCGUCUGCUAUCCAGCAACGUGCAAUUCUACCUUGUAUCAAGGGUUAUGAUGUGAUUGCUCAAGCUCAGUCUGGAACUGGGAAAACUGCCACAUUUGCCAUUUCUAUCCUACAGCAAGUAGAGUUGGAUAUGAAGGCAACACAAGCCCUGGUCCUCGCUCCGACCAGAGAGUUGGCUCAACAGAUUCAGAAGGUAGUGAUGGCACUUGGAGACUACAUGGGGGCCUCAUGCCAUGCCUGUAUUGGGGGCACAAAUGUCAGAGCAGAGGUACAGAAGCUUCAGUCAGAAGCACCACAUAUAAUCGUUGGAACACCAGGCAGAGUGUUUGACAUGCUGAACCGGCGCUAUCUCUCUCCUAAAUAUAUAAAGAUGUUUGUUCUGGAUGAAGCUGACGAAAUGUUGAGUCGAGGCUUCAAAGAUCAGAUCUACGAUAUCUUUCAGAAACUGAGCAGCAAUGCCCAGGUGGUCCUGCUCUCGGCCACUAUGCCUUCAGAUGUGCUUGAAGUUACAAAGAAAUUUAUGAGAGACCCAAUCCGCAUCCUUGUUAAGAAGGAAGAACUGACCCUGGAGGGUAUCAGGCAAUUCUACGUGAAUGUGGAGAGGGAGGAAUGGAAGCUGGACACACUAUGUGACUUGUACGAGACCCUGACCAUUACCCAAGCUGUAAUCUUUAUAAACACUCGCAGGAAAGUGGACUGGCUCACUGAGAAAAUGCACGCUCGGGACUUCACAGUCUCUGCCCUGCAUGGUGACAUGGACCAGAAAGAGCGAGAUGUCAUUAUGAGAGAGUUCCGAUCUGGAUCAAGUCGUGUCCUGAUUACAACAGAUUUGCUGGCCAGAGGGAUUGAUGUACAGCAGGUAUCGCUGGUUAUAAACUAUGACUUACCCACCAACAGAGAGAACUACAUUCACAGGAUUGGUAGAGGUGGACGAUUCGGUAGGAAAGGUGUUGCCAUAAACAUGGUAACUGAGGAGGACAAGCGCACACUUAAAGACAUUGAGACAUUCUACAACACGACCAUUGAGGAGAUGCCAAUGAAUGUGGCUGACCUUAUCUAAAGCUCUCAGUAUGGAGAGGAAACUAAAAUAAAAAAUGAAAAAAAAUUGAAACUCCUGCACUGGUUCAAUCUUCCACAGGGGGUGCAGCAGAUAUGGGGUGCUCACCAUUGUUUAAAGCCCUAUGACACUCGGGACUCGCCCCACAAUCCCUGUAUGAACAUUAAAUGAUUUCUAUUUUCUUUUUGUUUCAAAUAAAUGUUAUUUUGAGGUAUUGUGACCGUAAACUCGUUUUGUCUUUUCCUUCUCUGAAGCGAACACUAAAGUCACAUCCUGUUUUCCCACCAAAUCAGCGGACCAAAUAAACAAACUCCCCGUACACAAUCAGGCAGCUCAAUUUGAUCUUUUUUUACAAAAACAAAAUGCCCCCACAAAAAAAUAGCGAAGUUGUUACAGACAAUUUUAUUUGCUUUUCUGUAUAGUAUUUAUUAAAUAAAAAUGUUUUGCAACAUA